UUUCAUGUUAACUGGCUAGUAACCCUUUUUGGCAAUCCUCAACAGGCGCAAGCGCAGGCUGAUUUUUUUUUUUUUGCAACGUUUUUAAAAAGAUAUAUAAAAAAAAUAAUUGCGUGAGGAGAAAGCUUUUUUUUUUUUUUUUUUUUUUUUACCCUUCAUGAAAUUAUUCCUCCCUGCUAGUUCAGCACCUUUGGAGUGAACCGCAUUUACUGUGACAUCCGCCAAGUGGAGGAUCGCACGUAGAGGAAGCGCAUACGAAAUAAGUGAGUACGUACGUACGUUCAUAUAUAAACAUAUCCCUACGCGGACGUAGCGUCCCUCACCACACAGCCGCUUAGCCGCUUCACGACCACGCAACAAUGUCGCAUCGCAAGUUCGAGAGGCCUCGCCACGGCUCGCUGGGGUUCCUGCCAAGGAAGAGGUGCAAACGCUUGAGGGGCAAAAUCAGAUCCUUCCCAAAGGAUGACAAGGAGAAGCCCCCCCACUUCACGGCCUUCAUGGGCUACAAGGCCGGUAUGACCCACAUCGUAAGGGAAGUUGAUAAACCAGGAUCGAAAUUACACAAAAAGGAAAUUGUGGAAGCCUGUACCAUUAUCGAGUGCGCCCCAAUGGUUGUCGUCGGAAUGGUUGGCUACAGAGAAACACCAAAGGGAUUGAGAAUACUCACCACCGUAUGGGCCAACCACGUCUCCGACGAAUUUAGAAGAAGAUACUACAAAAACUGGUACAAAAGUGAUAAGAAGGCAUUUACCAAAGCGUUGAUGGUUCCCAAGCUAACCAAGGAAAGUCUCUACAAGAGGAUAGAAAAAUACUGCACUGUGUUGAGAGCCGUUUGCCAUACCCAACCAUCGAAGACGCCCUUAAGCAUGAAGAAGGCACACAUCAUGGAAAUCCAAAUAAAUGGAGGUGGAAUGAAAGACAAAAUUGACUUUUUGAAAGAACUGUUGGAAAAGAAUCUACCCGUUUCGAAUGUAUUCAAUACGAACGAAAUGAUCGACGUGAUUAGUGUGACAAAGGGACAUGGUACCAAAGGUGUGGUCAGCAGAUAUGGCGUGAAAAGAUUACCAAGAAAAACACACAGAGGGUUAAGGAAAGUUGCUUGUAUUGGUGCCUGGCAUCCUGCGAGAGUACAAUUUCAAGUACCCAGACAUGGUCAAAAAGGUUAUUUCCACCGAACUGAAAGAAAUAAAAAGAUUUACAGAAUUGGCCUGAAAAAGGAUAAAAACAACGCCUCAACCGAUGCUGAUAUUACUGAGAAGAAAAUUACCCCCAUGGGUGGCUUCCCACAUUAUGGUGUGGUCAAUGAAGAUUUUAUCCUACUGAAAGGCUGUGUUGCUGGAACGAAGAAAAGACCAAUCACGCUGAGAAAAACAUUGGUACCACAAGUGUCGAGAGAUGCCUUAGCGCAAGUUUCACUCAAAUUUAUUGACACUUCCUCUAAAAUUGGACAUGGAAGAUUCCAAACCAGUGAGGAAAAAGUUAAGUAUUAUGGGCCUCUGAAGAAGGACUUGAAGGCUUAAGGGAAAGCGGUCAAACGAAAGCGUCAAGCGAAAGCGGUCAAGCGGAAGCGGUCAAGCGGAAGCGGUCAAGCGGAAGCUGAUUUGCCAAGUCGCCCAGGCGAUUACGCUCGGAAAAGGAGAACAAAAUGUGCUUAAAAAUACCCCUUUUAUUGAGAGAGACCAACAACUGGGGUGUACAGUGGGGUUUAUUGCAUUUGGCCGAAUGAUGGACUAGCCAAAAUGGACUUUUAAAAAAAAAAAAUAAAUACGCCAAAUGUGGCUUUUCACAUGAACUGUUCAGAAAAAUUCCCCUCAUUUUUGCACAUUUUUAGCGCUUUUCUCCAUUCUUUUCCAUUAUUUCAUCUGUGUGCAAAUUUUUUUUUUUUUUCCCCACCUACGCACCAUCCAUUUUAAACAC